AUGGAAAGCGAGACAACGUUGGCGACAAUCAAACUCAUGAAUCAAGAUUUGGUGCGGUUAGAUCGGUAUGAUGGAACGAACUACAAUCGAUGGAAAGACAAAUUGAAGUUUCUUCUCACCGCACUAAAGAUCUUCUACAUCCUAGAUUUAGAAUUGGCGCCACUAUCGGAACCAACAAAUGGAGAAAUCGAAGCGGUGAGGAAUGAAAGACAAAAGCGCCAAGAAGAUGAGUUAAUAUGUCGCGGUCACAUCCUCAACGCAUUAUCGGAUCGUUUGUAUGACUUAUAUACAAACAUAACUUCAACAAAAGAAAUUUGGGAUGUGCUCAAAAACAAGUACAAAGCGGAAGAAGAAGAGAAUAUUCCCCUUCUUCCCAAAAUACAUGAAAUGCGAGUAAUUGUCAAUAAGUUGAAGGCGGUGAAAAUUGAAAUACCAAAGACCUUUCAAGUGAGGGCUAUAAUUGCCAAAUUUCCCGGAACUUGCAAAGGAUACCGGAAGAAGAUAAUGCAUAGUUCCGAAGAUUAUUCUUUGGAACAACUGCAAAAAUAUUUUCGGAUUGAGGAAGAGUCGAGAAUACGUGAUAAAAGUGCUUCUCAUGAGGGCACUUCCAAAGUAAAUGCUGUAGAAAAUUUCGAACCGCCAACAAAAUCCAACAAAAGGAAGCCUUCAAGGAACCUUAAUAAAUUCAAGAAGAAGACCAAAGGAGGAUGCUUUGUUUGUGAGAAAUCUGGACACUAUGCAAAAGAUUGUAGACACAGGAAAUACAACGACUCCGAGGGUAAAGUGAAUUCCAUCCAACAAAAUAAGAUUGUGGCCACCGUAAGCGAAAUAAAUGCAAUUAAGGGAAAGGUUCCUGACUGA